GCAGAUUCCCAGGAUUCAUUCGUCUGAAUAUUUGCUGUUGCCAGAUUUCUAUUGUCCGCGAAUAUAACUUCUUGCGCGAUUGUGUUAGUUCCAUGUUUGUGAACAGGGAAGCGCAGUAUUCCAGCCUUCAUGAGCACUUCUAACAUCUUCUAAACCUUCUUUCUCUAAUUUUCAAACUGAAUUUAUUUUAUAGUCAUACUAACAUACGUUUUCUUCAGCAGAAAUAUGGCUGUAAUAUUCUACAUACCUGCUGUCUUCGCAUUGCUUUCGUUUGCCGUGAAUCCAUGCAGUUGCAAUUUCUUUUGUCCUGAAAAUGAAGAAUUUGUGCAUUGCAUCAAUCUUUGCAACAACUGCCUGGACAAAGGAAGAUGCGUAACGGAUGUGUGCGUCUCGGGAUGCGACUGCGUCGAAGGAUACUAUAGGAAUACAGAUGGCCUCUGCGUGCCAGAGAGGCUCUGUGAUAUCACGAAUGUAAAUUCCUGCCCAGAAAACGAAAUCUUCCUAGAGUGUGGUUUAGCUUGCCCUCUUAAUUGUUCAAGCAGAAAUAAACCACGAACAUGCACUUAUCAGUGCAUCAGGGGAUGUUUCUGCCGACCUGGUUUCCUCAGGAAUGACUACGGCAUUUGCGUACCUGAAAAAGAGUGCCCGCCAGAAAAGUGCGGAAAGGACGAAGAAUUUUUAAAUUGCGGAUCUCCGUGUCCACCAUCUUGCGAGAACAAGAACAAGUCAUUCGUCUGCCCAACUGUGUGUGUAAGUGGAUGUUACUGCAAGAAAGGCUUGUUUCGAAAUGCUGAUGGGAAAUGCGUGACGGCGGAGCAAUGUUCUAAAUCAGAGAAACCACCGACGCUUAUCCAAGUAGCAGCAAAAUGCCGAAAUGAUGAAAUUUUUGUACACUGCGGCUCGGCUUGCCCUCCGACUUGUGAAAACAAAGGUAAAACAGUCCCUUGUACGCAACAGUGCGUUCCUGGUUGUUUCUGUAAAAGAGGCCUCGUUAGGAGCAUUGAUGGCAAAUGCAUCCAUCCAGGACAAUGUCCAAACGAGGGAAAUGAGCAUCAGCUUAUUCCAUUGCAAGACAGGUGCGGAGAAGACGAAGAAUUUCUGAACUGUGGUUCUGCAUGUCCUCCUUCCUGCUCAAACAAGGACAGAUCAGCUCCUUGCACUUUACAAUGUGUGAAGGGAUGUUUCUGCAAAAGAGGUCUUGUUAGAAAUCAGCAUGGAAAAUGCGUACCGCCAGAUGCAUGCCCAAAGGAAAAAAGGUGCAGAAAAGAUGAAAUAUUCUUAGACUGCGGGUCAGCAUGUCCACCUUCCUGCGCAAAUAAGGACAAACAGACGCCUUGCACUCUGCAGUGUGUGAGUGGUUGCUUCUGUAAGACCGGUCUUGUUAGAAAGGAGGAUGGGAUGUGUAUACCUCCAGAACAAUGUCCCAGAACUGAUAGAUGCGGAAAAGACGAAGUGUUCUUGGACUGCGGAUCAGCCUGCCCCCCAACCUGUGAGAACAAAGGCAAAUCUACUCCUUGCCCUUUUCAGUGCGUAAGAGGAUGUUUCUGUAAGCACGGUCUGGUUAGGAACGAGAACAGAAAGUGUGUACCUCCAGAGCAAUGCCCGAAACAAGAGCUAUGUGGGAAAGACGAAGUAUUCCAUGAAUGUGGAUCAGUUUGUCCUGCUACAUGUACAAAUAAAGACAAACCUAGCCCUUGCACUCUUCAGUGUGUCAGAGGAUGUUUCUGUAAAAGAGGUCUUGUCAGAAACGAAUACGGGAAAUGUGUGCUUCCAGAACAAUGCCCAAAAGAAGAAAAAUGUGGCAAAGAUGAAGUGUUUUCGGAGUGUGGUUCAGCUUGUCCUCCUUCCUGCGCAAAUAAAGACAAGCAGACACCUUGCACCCUGCAGUGUGUAAAAGGAUGCUUUUGCAAAAGAGGUCUUGUAAGAAAUGAAAAUGGUCAAUGCGUUCGUCCGGAAGAAUGUCCAAAACAAGAGAAGUGCGGCAAAGAUGAAGUCUAUCAGGACUGUGGACCAGCAUGUCCUCUUUUCUGUGCAAACAAGGACAAACCGACUCCUUGCACCCUGCAGUGCGUGAGCGGGUGCUUCUGCAAAUCGGGUUACAUUCGAAAUGACAAUGGACUAUGUAUACCUAUAGAGCAAUGCCCAAAAGAAGAAAAGUGUGAAAAGGACGAGGUGUUCCUGGAUUGUGGAUCAGCUUGUCCUCCUUCUUGCGCAAACAUAAGAAAUCCCAUUGCCUGUACUUUACAAUGCGUCAGCGGAUGUUUCUGCAAAGAUGGUCUGGUUAGGAGCAGUAAUGGGAAGUGCAUACUUCCACAGCAGUGUGCUCAAGAUGGUAAUUUUUUAACUCAAGAACCCCUGGUAUGGAGGGACACGUCUCUCAGCAAUGGAUGUCCAGACAUAAACAAAUGCAUUCAACACUGCAAAAAGCGUGGACACCACACUGGACUUUGUAUUGGUCCCGGAUUCCAUAAUUGUCAUUGUAGAGGAAGAAACUGAGCAUUUUGAAGUACGCAGCAUUCCUAUAAAACUUGUUUGUUAUAUCUUGUUUGUUUAUCCAUUUCAACAAUAAAUGUUGAAUUUCAAAUAAAAUAUGUUUCGAUUUACAA